AUGCCAGAGAAGUCACGCGAGGAGUACGAGGCCGAAGUGCGAUCCUGGGGCUUCAAGACCGUAUUCACCUGGACUGAUUCCAGCAACGCCCAUUACAGCCCACACUCACACAGCGGUCUCACCACUCACCUGAUCACUCGGGGACAGCUAACAAUCUCGUACCCCGAGGACGCCCACCCCGAAAAGAGGACUUAUACUGUGGGCGACCGCGUUGAUGUUAACGCCGGACGAGUCCACGAAGUUUGGAUCGGCAGCGAAGGCUGUACUUAUGUGAUCGGCGAAUAG